AAGCUAAGAUAUGGCGCCCUCUGUUUUACUCUGCGGUUUUCCUUCUAAUUGAAUGCGUGUUGUACGUCCUGAUUGCUAUUCUUCUGCGCAGCUGUCAGGAAGGUCUCGAGAUAUCAAACAGCAAAGAUGCAACCGGGUAUAAUUUUGCUUAAAGAGGGCACAGAUGCAUCUCAAGGCAUCCCUCAACUUAUUAGCAAUAUAGAUGCUUGCCAAUUCAUCGCAGAUGCGGUCCGUACAACCCUCGGACCUAGAGGGAUGGAUAAACUCAUCGUAGAUGGCCGAGGAAAAGCCACGAUAUCUAAUGAUGGAGCAACUAUUAUCAACUUACUUGAUAUAGUUCACCCUGCUGCGAAGACUUUGGUUGAUAUUGCUAAAUCUCAAGAUGCAGAGGUUGGUGAUGGUACUACGUCUGUCACAUUGUUGACUGGUGAGUUUUUAAAACAAGUCAAGCAGUUUGUUGAGGAAGGUGUUCACCCGCAGAUCAUUGUCAAAAGCUACCGGAAGGCAGCAAAUCUUGCAAUCAAGAGGAUAAAAGAACUUGCUGUCCAUGUAAAGAAGAAUGAUGCUGGUGAGAUGAGGCAGCUUUUGGAGCGUUGUGCUGCCACAGCUCUUAGCUCAAAGCUUAUUGCCACCCAGAAAGAAUUCUUUGCCAAAAUGGUGGUCGAUGCCGUCAUGAUGCUUGAUGAGUUGCUGCCACUCGACAUGAUUGGUAUGAAGAAAGUGUCAGGGGGUGCCCUUGAGGACUCCAUGCUAAUUGAGGGGGUGGCAUUCAAGAAGACCUUUUCUUAUGCUGGUUUCGAGAUGCAGCCAAAGACCUACAACCAUUGUAAGAUUGCACUGUUGAAUGUGGAGCUAGAGCUCAAAGCUGAGAAGGAGAAUGCAGAAGUUCGCUUGGAUAACGUGAAGGACUAUCAGAGCAUAGUUGAUGCCGAGUGGGAUAUCUUGUAUGACAAGCUAGACAAAGUGGUGAAGAGUGGAGCCAAGGUCGUCCUCUCUAAGCUUCCUAUCGGUGAUGUGGCUACGCAGUACUUUGCUGAUCGGGACAUGUUUUGCGCUGGCCGUGUAACGGAAGAAGACUUGAAGCGCACCAUGAAAGCAUGCGGAGGUGCCAUCCAGACUUCUGUCAACAGUAUGACAGACGAUGUCCUUGGCAGGUGCGACCUCUUUGAGGAGAAACAAGUUGGUGGAGAAAGGUAUAAUUUCUUUAGUGGCUGCAAACAGUCCACAACUUGUACUAUUAUCAUGCGCGGAGGAGCAGAGCAGUUUAUGGAGGAGACUGAACGCUCACUUCAUGAUGCCAUCAUGAUUGUGAGGAGAGCAAUGAAGAAUGAUGCUGUAGUUGCUGGAGGCGGAGCCAUCGAGAUGGAACUCAGCAAAUACUUGAGGGACUACUCACGCACAAUUGCUGGCAAAGAGCAGCUCUUGAUUGGUGCCAUGGCCAAGGCAUUUGAGAUUAUCCCCAGACAGCUGUGUGAUAACGCUGGUUUCGACGCCACAAAUAUACUGAAUAAACUCAGACAGAAGCAUUUCCAAGGGGGGCAGUGGUAUGGAGUUGACAUCAACAGAGAAGACAUUGCUGAUAAUUUUGAGGCAUGCGUCUGGGAGCCUGCAGUGGUCAAGAUCAAUGCCAUCACAGCAGCUACAGAAGCAUCUUGUCUUAUCCUCUCGGUAGACGAGACCAUCAAGAAUCCCAAGUCAGGAGGUGAUGGCCCACCGCCCGCCAUGCCGGGUGGUAUGGGACGAGGGCGUGGCAGGCCAAGAUAAUAAAUGAACUUAUUUAGUACUGUCAAAGAAAAGGUAAUCGAGCAUGACAACUAAUUUAGUCGUGUAGUGGACCGACCGCACAAGAGUUCUAAACAAGUCAAAUAAUGCACAUCUUGAUCUACAUAAGGAUAUUUCCCUAAGUGUACAUUGUACAGUGGUUGUGAAUCAACUUGAUGGCGAUGUUUAGAAAUAUUUGAUGAUCUUGAUCAUGAAAUAUUCAAAGUGUGGAAAGGAAAUGCUCAAUAAAGUGCUCAAGAAAUAACAACAA